CUGUGCAGGGCUGUGUGUCCGUGUGAGGGGCUGUGUGUCCGUGUGCGGGGCUGUGUGUCCGUGUGCAGGUGUGUGUUUGGGAGUGUCUGUGUCACCACAGGUCUGUCCGUGUUUGUUCGCCCCAAGGCUGCCUCUGUUGCUUCUGGUUCAUUCACCACUGAGAGUUUUAGAAAGCUGUAGCAGACAGAUGUUUUUCUUACACAUGUCUGUAAGGGGGCUGUGUACGUGUUGUGCACAAUGUCUUUCCAGGAAAUGCUCACCUUUAUACUGAAGCAGGAGUUUCCCUUUCGUCCCAUUGGCACUCAGUUUCAGAUACAGCGAGGACUCAGCACAGUUUGUGAGCUGCCUCUGGGCUCUGCUUCCUGUUCUUGUCCUGACAUUUCUGUUCUUUCAGGGUGAAUCAUUCCUGCUCUUUCAGGGGGUGAUGCCUCCCCCAGACUGUGCCUUGGGAGCAUCAGUGCUGCCAUGUCUCACAGGCUACCAGUAAAAGCACUGCUCCUCAGGGUGUUGCCGGGGCAUUUGCUUGUUUCUGCUAGCCUCAGACAGCAGCCGAGUUUGUUCUAAUUCUGCAUCAAUCAAAAGAAACUUCUAUUUACCAGAUCAAUUCAUGGCAGGGUUUACAAAGAGCUCCUGAUAUUCACACCAUGACCUAGUAUAAUUGCCAAGCUUAGGAGUGUUGCUCCUGCACCACCAACGUGCCUUUUCUAUCCCUGUCCCUGCCCCUGACACAUUUUCUUUGUUGCCCUUUGUCCACUUGCUUUUAUCCCACUGACAUUCGGUUUCACAACCAGGUUUGAUGAGGGCCUGUCACAGUCUGUGAGCCACCUCUGGGCUCUGCUUCUGGCUGAGGUCUCCCUGCCCCAGUUUUCUUCUUCACUUGUAAAGCUUCCCACUAAGGCAUCUUGAAAUCUGCAUUAGCCAUAGGCAUUUAAAUUUAUAUCUUUUAAAGUUAAUAUUGGUCUUUAUUUUGAUGGUGUGUAAUUGCUCCAUUCCCUGCUGAGACAUCAGCUGGAAAAUUCAGAAGUUUUCCCUAGGAGGAGAAGCCUCUACAUUUCUGUGCUCUCUGCCUCCAAAGCUUUCAGUAACAUGCAUAUAAUCUUUCCUACCAUCUUGCUGUGAUUAUGAACUGUUUCCAGCCACUCUGGACUGGGGCAGGAGCCUUCAUCAUGCACCUGUGUUCUUUUUCAGAGCCAUCUUUCCUCCUCUCCUUGUCCCAGCUGCCUUGUGGUGCUGCCAGUGCCUGCCUGCGGGGCAAGUCAGAGCAUGUCUGGACCCUGUAGAUGAGAUGCAGAGGAUGGCAGAGCUGCUGGAGCUCAGGGAUGAGUGCGGGGAGGGGACUUCAGGGGCUCCUGCCCUGGCUGGCUCCUGCCUUGCAGACAACAGACUGAACCUGGAUGUUUAUCCUGACGGCUGCCGCCGUUUCCUCCAGCUGUUCAAGGAGCUACAGGGAGAGGUGGUCCAGGUUGAGUUCCUCCGGCUCAGCAGCAACGACUGCCUCCUUGACACCACACUGGGCAGCCUUCCUCAUCUGAAGCACCUGAAAUCCCUGGUGCUUAAAGGUGGCCAUGCUAGGGAUGAGUUUGGUUCCUAUCAGCAUGGCUCCCUGACAAGCCUGCCACCAGACUUUGGGAACCUCAGCUGUCUCACCCACCUGGAUCUCAGCUUCAAUAGACUCUCCACCUUGCCAAGCUGUAUUCUCCACCUCCCCAGCCUCCGUGUGCUCCUGGUGAGCCACAACAGCCUGGUGACACUUCCUGAGGACUUUGGCCGUCUGAGCAAACUGACUUUCUUCUCUGCGAUGAAAAAUCAGCUCAAAGAUUUACCUCAGAGCAUUGGGGAGCUGUCAAUGCUGCAGAAUCUGGAUCUCUCAGAAAAUGCUUUAGAAUUGCUCCCUGAACAAAUUGGGAAUCUGCACAACUGCACAGAGCUGGAUCUCUCUGGGAAUCGCUUAUUGAGCAUCCCAGACUCCCUAGCCAAUUUGAAGUCUCUGCAUCGGCUGCAUCUCCACAGCAAUCUCCUGGUGACAGUCCCUGCCUCACUUGCCAGCCUGCCCAACUUGUCCAGACUUGAUCUGCAGAACAACUGCCUCCGUGCCAUCCCUGCUGAGAUCCAGACCUUGCCAUUCGUGCACAUCCGAGGCAAUCCCUUGGGAGAAACUGAGCCAUCCCUGCUGCCUGAUAAAUCCAGUACCAGAAGGCUAAAAAGACUCUUCCUUGCAUCAGGAGAGGGCAGCUUUACUGUCACCUCUGAAGGCUGCAGAGUGGUCCUGGCCUGUGGCAUCCAUUUCUACUUUCCGCCGGGGGCUGCCUCUGAUCCUCUGCAGAUCCGCUUCCGAUCCCUCACACCAGAUCCUCAGUGGGUAAAGCUGAGACACCACGAUGUCCUGCUGAGUAGAGUCCUGGAGCUGCAGCCUCAUGGGGUCCAAUUCCAGCAGGAGGUGCAGAUCUGGAUGCCAUAUAUCUCACCUCAAACCCCUCACCAGCAUGAGGUGGUAGUUCGGACCUUCAGUGAGCAGAGCUGGAGCGAUCUGAAAACGAGAGUGAAGAAGAGGAGAAAAUCAAAGAAGUGUGUGGCCUACUGUUGUGUCCUUCACUUCUCUUGGUUCCUUGUUGUGUCUCGACUUGUGCAAAAUGAAUGCAAAGUGCCAGCAGAGGGGACGUUGCUGUUUUCCAGUGUGGAUCCAAACAUCAAAGUGAUCUUUCCUCCUGGAGUCACCAAAGAGCCUCGUAGUGUCAAGCUGCAGGUGCUGCCAGUCUCUGCAGAAGAGAUACAGGAAAUCACAGCCAGUGCAGGGUGCAGAGCCAGUCCCCUGCUCUACCUCUCCCAGGACUCCACAGUGGAUUUUCUCAAGCCAGUGAGAAUUCAGCUGCCUCUUCCUCCUGGGGUCACAGGGCUAAAUCUGGAUCAGUCACAGCUGCAUAUUCUCCAUGGUGACCUGGAGGGCCAAAGCUGGAAUGACAUUACCAGUGAGGUGGUGCUGGAAUUCACCCAUCUUUAUGCAGUGUUUGAAGUUACUCACUUCUCCUGGUACUGGCUGUGGUACACCACCAAGACCUACAUUGGAGGCAUUGCCAAGAAGGUCUAUGAGCGGCUGCGUCUGUACCAGGUGAACUUCAUUGCACUGCAGAGGAAGAAGGAUCCCGAGCAAGUCCUGCUACAGUGUGUCCCCAAGCACAAGGUUGACCCCGUGCUGAAGAAGCUGCAGAACCGCUAUCGAGGACCUGAGCCAUCCGACAUGGUAGAGAUGUUUGAGGGAGAGCAAUUUUUUGCAGCUUUUGAGCGAGGCAUCAGCAUUGAUAUGGAUCGCCCCGACUGCGUGGACGGACGUCUCUCAUUUAUUUUUUACUCCCACUUGAAGAACAUGAAGGAAAUCUAUGUGACCUCCCCUGUGGACAGAAAAGGCCAAGCUGUAAAAGGCCAGGUCUCUUUCUACCGAGGGGCAGUUCCAGAGAGCAUCCCUGAAGAUGCCAGCAGGAGGAGAAAAGGUCCAGACUCCCUCUGGCUUGCUACUCUGCCCAUCAAACUGCCUCAACUGAAACCCCGUUGGGAUGAGAACCCUGGUCCCCUGUAUGGCUUCUCCUUCCCUCCCUUGAACCUGGGCAAUGCUGAGACUGGGUACCUGACACAGGCAAACCUGCUGAGCAUUGCCAGGCGUGUGGGAGCUGACUGGCAGAACAUCGGCCUCAACCUGGGCCUGACCUACCAGCAGAUUGAGCGCAUAGGAUACAAUAACAGAGAGGACCUCAAUAAGCAGAUCCUGGACAUGCUUUUCUCGUGGGCUCAGCAGAACUCGGAGGAUCCUGGCUGUGUGAGCAAGCUGAUCAGAGCCAUGCAGGAGAGUGGCCGCCAGGACAUCGCUGAUGAGGUCGAAGCCAUCAUUGAGCUGGGGCGGCAGAAAUACAGCGAGUCCAUCCGCCGGGUGGGGCUGGAGCAGGAGAGCAGCACUGAGGACUCUGCAAUAGCUAUGACCUAGCACUAGCAGAGAAAAAUGGGGUUUGUAGGGGACCCUCCUGUGUACCCAGAGUCACGGUGCCUGGGGGCUGCUCCCUCCUCAAGGGCCGGUGUCUUCCUGAGGAGCUGGGCAUUGAUCCUCCCAGAUCUGUACUGACAUGCCAUUUCUGCCAAUCCCAGGAAGUUUAGAGUGCAUUUAUGGACCUUUUUUCUACUUCCACUUCGUGAUCUUGAGCUUUAGCUUUCAGAAAUGUGGAGAAAUUUAGAGGCUGAAGUGUCUGUCUGUCAGCUGAGUAGUGGCUUAAGUAGUGUUUGAUGAAUUAAUAAUCAUGUUACAUGUAUUUAUUCAUAACUUAUUCCUGAAACUGGAAACAUUGCUGGAAACACUGGGUGUGAGCAUUUGGGUCCAUUUGUGCUCCAGUGCUUGAUAGGAGAGUGGAGGUGCAGUCACAUUAUGAAGGCCUGUGAUGUGGUGCAGACUGUUUGGCCAUUUCUGUUAAUAAUGUGUUCUGCUCACAUGAAAAUGUGAAAACUAUAUUCCCCAUGAAAAUGUGUUCUAUUUUUUCCAAAUCUCUUCCAGUUCUCUUACGUUCAAACAAAACCUAAGCAUUUGUGGGGAAGAAAGAAGAAACUGACUUCUAGAAAAUUGCCCUAUUUUUUUUUGGUUUUGCUCCAAAAGUUAUCAUGAAACAAAUAGCCUGCUGCACCUCCAAGCACCUUUUUAGAUGACACCUACGUACUACUGAUCCGUGACAAAGUUCCUUCUUUAUUUUAUAAAAAAAAAGUAAAAAUCCAUGACUUGUUCUGGGAGAGACUCUGAUUUAAGAGUCUCUGAAAUUUAAAUUUCCCUUGCAGUUUCCAAGGGGUAAUCCUCGCAUUCUCGCAGUGAAAUGUGACUGUUUAGUAGUGAAGGUGUAACUCCUCCUGAAGUUUGGUGAAAAGCAUGACUUAAAUUUGCA